AUGACGAAAGUUCCUCAGGGGUUUGAUUUCAGUUUCCUAAAUGAAGAAGAAGCCAGGAAGAUCCUUCAGGUGCUGGAAAGAAAUGAGGAGCUCCAGAGGGCAGAGAAGGACAGGAUCAGCAAACUCCUGAAGACAAAGAGGGAUAUCGGAUGGCUUCAAGGAGUAACUGGUGAAUGGUUUGAAGAAGUUCAAAAAAAAUUUUGCAAUGAAACAGAUGUUAGCCAAAUGUUAAAACAACCAGUUACAUACAGACUGAGAAAGGGGAUGGCAGAAAAUGAUCCUAUGGAAUUACAAACAUCAAGAUCUAAAAAUAUACCUAAUCAAAGAAACCCAACAUCCGUUCCUUCUCGGCUGAGCUUCAGAUCAUCAUUUGCUUCCCUGUUCUCAUUCAGAAAAUCCAGAAAGGAGACUUUAAAGCUUCAACCACUGGGAGAGAAAGGAUGUGACGACCACAUACCUCCUGUGUCUGUGAGGGGAACUGCUUUGCAGGCAAAAAUAUACAAUUCACCUCUGGAAAAUCAACCCAUUGACAGUGCAUUUGUCCCCAAGCCAGCAGGCAUGAGGGAGGGAAGUAGCAUGCCUCCGUGGGAUGCUUCACUACUAGAGGAUGAGUUUUUCCAAGUUUUAGAUGAUUUGGAUGGAAAACUGGCUCAGGAACAGUCUCCAAGCUCAUUGAAUGCCAGAACACCUCUCAACUAUGGAUCAAGAACACAGUUUAGUCAUUUUUACUCCAGUGGGAAUAAACACCGUAAUAUCACAGCAAGGCACAAAAAUUGCUGUAAUGAAACUUCUAAUAUGUCUAUCUAUGACGUCUUAAGACCAGGAACCCCUAAGGAAGGUUUUAAAACCUUUUCUCCUAGAACAAGGACAAUCUGUGAUAUGUACAAGACAAGGGAACCCAGAGUCUUAAAAGAAGAUUAUGUGCAAAAGAAUAUUUUUAGUAGUAUUUCUCUGUAUUUUGACAGCAGACAACAAUCAGCCUCACCAGCUACAGGGUAUUUCACAGCAAGAAGCUUACCUUUUUCAGCCACAACUCAGAUCAAGACUGCAUUUAUACCACCAAGCCACCAACAGAGCCCAAAGAGAACUCCUUUAUCAUCUAUCAUAUGGAAUAGAUCAAAUUCCUCUAGAGAUAGGCAGAACCAGGAAGAGUUCCUGAGGGCACCAUCACCGAUGGAAAUUGACCUUGCUGACCAGUAUAUGUAUCCCAGGUGUUUUCAGGAGGAUAGGAGAUAUGAAUUUUACCAUUCACAGAGUGUUCACCAAAGUGUUGGUUUAAAUGCCCCCAUGAAUAAUGCAAUGAGUGCUGACCCAUUUGAGCACUCAGAGAAUAUGCUGUUCUACCAUGAAGAUAACCCAUUUACUAGGUCUUUCCUUAGCAAUACCUUUGGAUGGAGCAGGGGACAGAGAUUUGGACAAAGUCCUUUUUGGGGCCAACAGGAAGAACAUUCUUCCUGGUCUGACUUUCAUCAAAGCAGGAAACCAUUCACUUCUUCUGACAGAGACUUUGAAAUGAUCUCCAUUGAAGCAAAUAGUGCAUUUUUAGCUGGUCAUUGUCAUAGUGUUCCUUCUCAACACUGGGGGUCACUUUCUCCUAGGUACAGGACAAAUACUUCCAGAAACCAAGAGAAGCCACAUCCCUCACAGUUUGAUUCUCAGGCAUCCACACUGGAGAGCAUGGAGGUGUCACAAGUUAAAAGGAACCAGUCUGCUCAUUUCAGCGUGCCAAAUAUUUGCCCCAUGUCUGGUUCAAGCUAUCACAUCAAAUCUGGUGGGUUAGAAUGUCAACAGAACUGUUCUCCUAUGGAACUACAUAUAAACAAAGAACCUUACUCAUUUGGAAUUGCUCAAACUCUAGCAUCCUCAUUCAAAACUACCUUCCCACAGAUUCCUGAUGACAGAGGGAAUCUUCAGAGUCCCAACUUUCAGAAUCCCACAGUCACUUUGCAGAAAAUUAAGCCUGCUUCUCUUCCAAUCAGAAACUAUAAAGAAGUCACUGGGACCAACAGUGAUUCAGUUGAUUCUCCACCUCUGACUGAAAGCCAACCCAAUAUCUUGGUCACAGAAUUGAAUAAUGAGAAAGACUUGAAUGGAUCUGUUUUGGCAAAAGACAAACAACUAAACAAGAUAGACGAGACAAACAUGACAGGUGAAAUACCCCAACUUGUUUCACAGACAGUAAUUUCUAACCCUUUACCUGAUUUUCAAAAUCUCCUCUCUCAGGACUCAGCCAAGAGCAACAGAUUUAUUUUUAAUGCAUCUAUGACAAUAAGUUCAAAAAGUUUGCCUGGAGUCAUUUCCAGGAGAGAUAUCUCCAAAAUUCAUAAAGCCAAUGAACUAAAAAAAGAUAAGAGUUAUACUGGGAACAGAAAACUUGGCUCAGCAACUUCCCUUCCUUUCAUUCAGAAAAGCAGAACAACAUCACCUUUUCUCAGCCCAAAUCAAGGUUGUCACCAGGAAUUAACAGUAAAAAAUAAAGAUAUUUCAAACAUUAUUAAAAAUAACCACGGGAGUCCUGAAUGUACUGAUAAUCAAAAUGCACAGUCUUCAGAAAACAAGUCACCUGCCAACCACAAUAUGCCAUGUGAUUCUUUAGAUCUGUCAUCAGGUACACUACCAGAUUCCUUACCAUCAAAUGAUUCUUGCCUUGAUGCUCUGGUGAUUCCUUCUACUACAGGGUUCUCCUGGAAAUGUCCUUCAAGCAAAGAUCUAUCUCUGGGAGAAAGAGAAGAAAAAGACAAUGAUUGCAAGAACCAAAAUAGUCAAUUUUCCCUAAGCCUCUCAGAAAACCAAAAGAGUAAUGUUAAUUGUAUGCCUGUACAUAAUGAAGUGGUUGAUGUUGUCAAAUGCCAUUCACAUCCUCCUUUCAGGGAUGGAAAGGGAAAAGGAAAAAUAAGACGAUGUAUAUCCUAUACUGAAAAAUUAAGCAAAACGGAAAGUAGAUCAAUACCUACAAGUGACAGCAGUAACCUCAUUGAGGGAACUGAAAGCAGUUCCAAGCCUCCUGAGCUUCACACAAUUUAUUGUACCUUACCAAUAAAAUCAGCCAGUUUUCUCAUCAAUAACAGGAAGUCUGAAAGUAAGAUAAUGCCUUCUUCAUUUAGGAAUGAGCAACUUGCAUUCCAAAUCAAAAAUGAUGUGGAAGAUCCAGUAAGGAAGUACACAUCAAACAAAUUCAGCCCCAGUUCUUGUGAGUCAGAGAGCAAAUAUUCUGGAGUAGUUUCAGACUCAGUCUCAGUACCACCUGAAGCCACAGAGGGGUUGACAAAUAUGACAAACAUUGGAUCUGCUUCUGUUAGAAAAGGACCAUUUCAAGUCCUCAUCAAGAGGGCUGUGUCAUGUCCCUCAGGGGUGCCAUAUGCCUCAACUGGAAGAGAUGAAAGAGAAAAAGGUUUAGUCUCAGAUACAGAUGCUUCUACUAUAACACUAAAGCCUUGGGAGAGACUCAUUAACCCUCUGGGAAGUGACUCAUCUGUUCGGGAGUGUUCUUUAAGCAAAAGACACCACCAGAAGGAAUACUUUCAAGAAUGUACUGAAAAGAAUGGUAGAAUUUCUGACUCCAGGACAGGUAUAUUUUCCCAUCCAAAUGAACACCCUUUACCUUUUUCUGCAGAUUUGUCAGGCAAAGAAAGUGGGAACACAUUACAUAAAUUUAAGACUACUAGUAUGUUUUCUGUUUCUGGUGAUGAAGAUAAUGUGAAAUGUCUUGAGGUGAUUUCAAUAUAUUAUACUCUACCAAGGAAACACAGAAAAAAGUUCUGUAACCUUCUUCAAAAGUAUACACAAAAUAUCGAUUCACUUACAGAAUCAACUAAAGUGGGGACUAAAAUAUCUCCUAAUGCUUUAGAAAAAGACAAACUAAAUUGUUCUACACAAGAGCAAUCAGGAACACCUUCAUCUAAAGAUCUAAAGAUGCAGGUCAGCUCUGCUCAGGAGAACAGCCAUCUUUCUCACACCACUGAAAAUAUGACUGGUUUACAAUUACCGAGUUUUGGGUCCUCAGAACCUACAUUACAGGAAAUUGCUUCUAUUGAAGCAGAUGUUUCUCUUCAUAAAGGAGAACCUAAAUCUAGAGAGAUUUCCCCACACAACUUAGCUAAAACACCUUUAUGUGAUUCACAAAACAAGAAAGAGAAAGGGGGAAAAUUGCGAAGUGAAACCCUGUAUACUUCACUAAUGCUUCAGGGAAAAAAAGUUACAAGAGAGAAAUCUGAAAAUUGUCAGCAAUCCAUUAAAUCAGGUAAAAGUGAUUUUUCUAACAUCCCAGCCCAUUCAGAAGAGAAUGUUGAAAAUUCCCAAAUCAUUAGAAGUUCUGGGGAGUGUACAAGUAGUGCUAUAGCCAUUACAGCUACUGGAAGUCUUCAGAAAGAUAUAACAGGUAUAGCUAUAGAUGAUAGCUCCAAUGGAUUGCAGCCUGGGGAAGUAAGAGGGGAAAUUAGAAAAGAUUUCCCAAAAAACCCUGAUAAACCACUUUCUGACUCAGAAAGCCAAGUCUUUGCUCUUACUCCAGCCUUGCAUAAACUACAGCUUGAUGAGAAGACUUGUUCAAGUGAACAAGAUUUAGACAGUUUGCAGUCUGAACCCAGAGAACUACCUCAAAGAAGUCAGGAGGUAAAUAUGACAGAACGCAAAGCUAAAGAUGAAAUGCAGGAGUUGGCAUGGAAUCAACCUUCACUUCCUGAAGGAAGUAAUAAAAGUAAAAAAAGCUUGAAUGACCUAGAAAAAGAGGAAAACAGAUCUUCAGUUAAACACAAAUUGGCGGUUAUGUCCAAAGCAAGCAGAAAAUUUCCAGCUGAAGAUUUAUACCCCAGAAGACAUGUGACUACUAUCUUUCCUCAAAGUGGGAACAAUUCUGGCUUUAGCACCUUAUCCCCUGGCACACCAGAGUGCAACCCACACUCCCCUGUGCCUAUGUUAAAGUCCACAGAAUCCACAGAUGAAAGCAGGUUAAGUAAUGAUGGAGUAAAUGUGGAGAAAUCUGAGGACCCUCUCCAGGUUACUACAAUUACCAACAGAGAAACUUCUACACACUUAAGCAAUCAGAAGUCUAACAAUAUUUCACAGCCACAUCAAAAUGAGUUUAAAAAAAUCUCAGAAUUACAACUAAAGUAUGAGAAUUCUAAGGAUGUAACAGUAGCUCAGAUUUUGGAAGGAGAGUCAGAAGCCCUGGCCCAACCCUCAUUGAUCAGCCUCAGGGAAGCAGACUUCCCUGACCAUCAGAGGGGGCUGAACCCUCAUUUUCAAUUGGAGCCUGCAGAGAAAUCUACAGUAAGCAUGCCACUGGCCAGUUUUCAGCAACAACAAAGGAGUGCUUCAUCUCUGGAGUGGGAACCUGAGCCACACCCCUAUCAUUCAAAGAGUUUAAAAAGCAUCAAUGUGCACGGUGCUCUACUACGAAAAAGUCAUCCUCCAAAAGUCAGAGAGCGUAAUUUUUCUGAAAGUACUUCUAUUGACAAUGCCCUGAGUCAACUGACCCUUGGGAAUGAAUUCUCUAACAACAGUCGAAGAUUCAAAUCUUUUUCUGAACUCCCCUCCUGUGAUGAAAAUGAAAGUUGGGCUUUGUACAACAGUGGGCCAAAAAUGGGUCCUAGGUCUGCAACAUCUAUAUCUAGACCUAUUGACUAUGGGAUAUUUGGGAAAGAACAACAACUGGCUUUCUUGGAGAAUGUAAAGAGGUCACUCACACAAGGAAGAUUAUGGAAACCAAGUUUUCUUAAGAACCCUGGCUUCCUGAAAGAUGAUGUAGUUAACCCUCCUAACCCAACAGAGUCAUCAAGUUCUAAUUCUCCUAGUAAUCAGAUGCCAAAAGAUGGCUUAUCUCUAAGUGCACCACUUAAUAUCUAUGAAGAUGAUCCAGUAGAGUCAGAUUGUGACACAGACACAACCACGGAUGACGAAUACUACCUGGAUGAACAUGACAAAGAGUCAGAACUGUGA